GAGAACUAAACCGCGACUCCGGAAGGGAAAACCAGGCGCAACGGAUCGGUGAGCGGCGUCAAUAAGACUGGACAGACAGGCAGACGGACGGAGAGGCAGCCAGCCGCUAUGGUGAAAAUCGGCUUGCAGUUUAAAGCCACAUUGGAAAACGUCAGCAACGUGAGGCCGGUGGGCGAUGACUUUCGCUGGUACCUAAAGCUAAAGUGUGGAAAUUGUGGAGAAGUUUCCGAAAAAUGGCAGUACAUCACUUUAAUGGACAGCAUGCCCUUGAAAGGGGGACGAGGAAGUGCCAGCAUGGUGCAAAAGUGUAAGCUGUGCUCCCGAGAGAAUUCCAUUGAUAUCCUGAAGGACACCUUGAAACCGUACAACGCUGAGGAUAGCGAGCGUUUUAAAACAAUCGUUCAGUUUGAAUGCCGUGGACUGGAGCCUGUCGACUUUCAACCUCAGGCGGGCUUUGCAGCAGAAGGAGCCGAAUCUGGAACACCAUUUACAGAAAUCAACCUACAAGAAAAGGAUUGGAAUGACUAUGACGAGAAGAUCAGCGAAUCAGUGGGCAUCUAUGAAGUGACGCACCAGUUUAUCAAAUGCUAGAAGCACUUGGAGCAGCGCAGUCCCCAUCUGUUCAAACACAUCAGUGCCACCGCCUUCCUGCUGAUGGGACCCACCCUGCUGGGGGGGAUCGUAGCUGUGGAAGUUGUCAAGUAUCUACUAUUAUGGGCAAAACCCUAUGGAAAGAAGACCACAUGGGCCUUACAAAACAUACAGAGCAGGAAAAAUAACCCUGGACCAGGGUUAUGGACUAGGCCUCUGAAAAUGAGGGCAAAUAAAAGGAUUUAUUUUGUGCAUUA